AUGCAAGCAACUAUUAUGAAAUUGCAGCCCUCCGCCACCGAGAAUCAUUACUCAUGCGUGAAGGGUGGUGGUGUCAUCUUAAACAACGGCAGGUCACGCCGACGCUGUGGGUUUCCCCCGUUCUCAGGCAAGCAACUCCGACACCUGCCGUCGGUCCUUCUCCACGUCAUCCUCCCGACCAUUUCAUCUUCAUUCAACCUCCACGGAGCUGCCUUCCCUCUUCAUCUCUCCAUGAAAUACCUCUACUCUGACUGCUAUGACAAGAAUCUCCGCUGCGAGGGUUACUCGGCCCGCCUCCAGUGGCUCACCCCCGUCACCGGUAGCCAAGGACUCCACUCUCACUCCUUGUCCGAGGGCUCCAUGAGCCAUUCUCUCCGACGCCUUCUUCCCGCAGACCCUCUUCGCUCCUUGCUGGACUUGGAUCAAAUAGACGACAUUAUACGCUAUCUUGAUUCGCUGGAAUCGGUGAUCAACCACGGCAGUGAGGAUGUCAGUGCCAGCAUCCAGAACUUUGGUGUCUUCAGUCUUGCCACUGCAUCCUACCUGUCUCUUGCUGAUGACCCCGGCUGUGCAGCCCCUUCCCUGUCCAAAGCCUUUUCGCCGGAGGGCGGAUACGAUUUGAUCUUUGAUUCGGGGUCGACACUAAUAAACUCGGAGCCCUCUCAUGAUAACCCCGAAACAGAGGCGGCAUGGAACCUAUGUACCCUAUAUGAUGAAAAUGAGCUGCCUUUGGAUUUUCCACCUCAGCAGGAUUCGGCUGGCCCGGUUAUCUUAGUGCCACCAGAGGCCAAUUUAAAUCAUUCAAACGCCCAAGGUGGUAAUUCUGUGUGCCCGUCACAGUUGGAGCUCGGGGAGCUCUUUUUCUCCGGAUAUACCACCGACGAUCAUCCCGGUAAAGGGGUGCAAGCAUUGCCCACUCCCGCCAAUGGCCUGGAGAACCUGGCGGUUCCCUCCCAGGAAAGGCUCCUGAUGAGCCACUACAGAAACCGAGUAGUCAAUCUGUUUUGCGUAAUCGACAAUGCUAAAAGUCCUUGGAAGACGAUCCACCUGCCCAGGGUGUUGCAGUGCGCCGGCGAACUGAGCUUCGGGGGCACUACGACACGCAUUCGCGACGCAUUGAGCAAAACGUUACUUUCUAUCAGUUCGUUCUAUCUAUCUAAUGACUAUCGAGCUCGCCAUCACAACGACGAAGCGGUGACAUGGAGCACGGUCGCUUCGCGAUGCCGAUGUGAUGCCAUUGGACUCCUCAAGUUCGCCGUUGAGACCUAUCUCUAUGCAGAUAAAAGACCCAAGUAUAAGGAGUUUCUGGCAACUAUGCUGUCUAUGGUUACUAUCAACGUAAUGUUUGGCGAUACAAGUACUUGUGGUGUUCAUCUGGAUGGGGCUGAAAGGCUAAUUGGCCAUAUGAACGCUCGAAAGUCCACCUUCUCCCGGAAGGCUCAAACCCUCCAUCGCAUAUAUUUAUAUCUUCGUGUGAUAUACGAAAGUACCUCCGUGAGAAAACCGACGGCCGGAGUUUCUCGGUUUUCUCCAUCAUUGAGCUCCCACAAAACAUUUGGCCCACAGCCGGCUAUUCCUAAGUCGCAUCUAUUCAUUGAAUACGACGAGACGCCGUCGUCAACAGUACCCAUGGUAACGGAUCUGUCAGCGUACGAAUGCAUCUACGGUAUACCUCAAAGUCUUCUGAUUCUUUUGAAAGAAUCCAUCGAAAUCAUAGACGAGGUAAAUAGUUAUCGCUCGAAUCCGGAACCGCUGUCCCUUCCAGAAGCCCUAAAUAAUGCAUGUGACGAGCUGGAACAGAAGAUCAUGGACUGGCCGCUCCAUGAGCGCCUUCAUCGAGACAAAGAGUCCCAAAAUGGUAUCAGUGCCACUAUAAUCUACCAUCAGACACGAGCCUUUCUCAAUGCCCUGAUCAUUUUCUUUUCCCAGGGUGUGCGAUUGAUGAGCCAUCAUUACCUUCGACAGUACGUCCAGGCGAUUCUAGAUAGCAUCGAAGCGAUCGAGCAGCUCAAGACAGAAACGAAAAUCCUGGCAGCUCCGCUCUUCUGGCCGGCCUUUAUGGGGCCACGGAAGCUUUCGACCCCCGACACCAAGAACGCUUUCGGCAGUGGUAUGGCCGAGUCGAAAUAUAUGGUAUCGAGGCCGUGA